AUAUUGUGUUAUGAAAAAAUAUGGUUUAUGUGUGAGUUAUUCUUUACUUCAAAUACUAUUGUAUAUGUACUUGGUUGAAACCUCUUAAUAUAUGUGUAGUGGUGGAAGUUUAAGUCAUGUUAAACCCCAAUGGAUCCCAACCAAAACCAAGGAGAAGCAAAUGUGGUCUUUGAAGCUCAAGCUCUUGUAUAUAGAUAUGUCCACAACUAUGCCACCUCUAUGUCGCUUGGUUGUGCACUUGAACUCGGCAUACCCGACAUAGUUCAUAAUUAUGAAAAGCCGAUUACCAUCCAAGAACUGGUUUCAAAGCUCAACCUCCCCAUCGACAAAACCCGUCAUUUGCAGCAGCUGAUGCGGUUGCUAAUCCACUUCAACUUCUUUUCAGUUACCAAACUUCAUGAUCAAGAUGACGAAGGGUAUGUUCUCACGGCUGCAUCAAAGUUACUGCUCAACGACACUAGUAAAAACUCACAAAACUUAUUACCUUUUGUUAGUUUGGCUCUAGAUCCUGUUAUUAUGACUCCUUGGCGAUUCUUGGGGAAGUGGUUUAAGGGAAACAAAUCAACCGUGUUUGAGACUGCUCAUGGGAUUCCUUUUUGGGAAUUUGCUAAUAGGAAUCCGGUAUUCAACGGGAGGUUCAAUGAUGCAAUGGCAAGUGACUCUCAUAUGAUGAGUUUGGUUAUCAAAGAUUGUCAAGAGAUCUUUGAAGGUGUGGAGUCAUUAGUUGAUGUUGGAGGUGGAACUGGACUCAACACUAAGAUUCUCCUUGAAGCUUUUCCACACAUGACUUGCACUGUUUUUGACCUCCCACACGUUGUUGCUGACAUGUCCGAAACUAGGAAUCUUAAAUAUGUUGGAGGUGAUAUGUUUAGCGCCAUCCCAUCUGCUGAUGCUAUCUUUUUUAAGAACGUUUUGCAUAACUGGAGCGAUGACGAUGUCUUGAAGAUACUAAAACGGUCUAGGGAGGCUAUUCGAUUUGCGGGUGAUAAAGGAAAAGUGAUCAUAAUAGAUAUGGUGCUAGACGAAAAACAAGACCGACGUGAGAUAACAGAAACCAAAAUGGUUUUCGAUGUUUUGAUGAUGGUUUUGGUUACGGGAAAAGAAAGGACCAAAGUUGAGUGGGAGAAAUUGUUCGGAGAAGCUGGAUUUAGUCGAUAUAACGUAACUCCCAACUUUGGCUUGAGGUCUCUCAUGGAAGUUUUCCCUUAGAUGCUUUCUUCUCGUAUCAAUAAUGGUAUGUUAAUUAUCAUUAUCAUUCAAUAAAAUGGAAGAGGAAACCUUAGAUCUUGAAACCUAAAUAAUUAAAACUUGUAUCAAACGUUAUGUCAAGUAAGAUUGUCUACAGUCUACGUCGACGUACGGAACAUAUGUCUGUGGGUAAACUUACUAGUUGAUUAUGGUGGAUUUGAUUCGUGGGUAGUAGACAAGAAUCAUAAGAUUU